AUGGCCGGAUUUUUCCAACAGCUGCGACUUUUACUUUGGAAAAAUGCCCUUGGUGUCAUUAGACAACCGGGCUGGACUGUGGCCCUCCUGGUUUGGCCACUGGUCAUCUUCAUCAUCCUGGCCAUCACCCGCUCCCAGUUCCCCCCUAAGUUGAAAGACUCAUGCUAUGUGGCCCCUAGGAACCUCCCCAGUACAGGUUUCUUCCCCUUUCUCCAGACCCUCAUGUGUAACACAGACAGCUCCUGCCACAACACAACUCGUCUGUUCGCCAAGAGUUCAACUAAAAACACCAGGGCAUCGUGGACAGAACACGAUGCAAAGAGGGUAUCCCUGCUGCCCCAUGGCACCCCCAUGCUAAUGGGCAUUGGGAUGGGUGGUAGAGUCCGUGCUGUGCUGCACGAGACAUCUGACCAGCCUCAGAUCAUGGAGCUCUGGGACAACUUUCUGAAUGCCAGCCACCAAGAUAAAUCAAAGUACAACUCUCCCAUGGAGGGAUUGAACAACACCCUACUGGGAGACAAGGAAGCGCUGGAUGCGAUGCUGGAUUCCGUGAACCUGUUGAAGAGGUCUCUGUGCUCCUUCUCCCUGACGGUCCUUAACGUGUCCUCCAUGUCCUCCAUCGACCCCCUAACCUACGGACUGGUCACCUUCUGCAAGUCCAACAACACCCUGCUGGAGGUCUCACUGCUCACCAUCAACCAGGUCCUGACGGAGCUGUUGCUGAAAGACCCAGCGCAGGCCCUAACCACAAUGGGCACGGCAGUUGUGGUGUUUGAGAGGCUGCAGAGGGAGACUUCGCUGUGGGAGGGGCUACUGGGCCUGCCACGUCUCCUCAUGCCCACCACCCCCGAUAAGAUCCUGGAUCAGGUGCUGGAUGAGGGGGAGAGUCUUCUGCAAAACAUCAAGAGGACUAUGGCUGCCAUCGAGAGCAACUUCCCGGAGGCUAAUCUUUCAGCUGUCUCCAUGGUGAACCCUGCUAUUGUCGGAAGCAUCAACUUGCUCCAGUACGUCAGGAACUGGCAUGGCAAAGAUGUCUACAUCACUCUUGGUGAUGUUAUCAUGGUGCCACCCAAUACCUCAGCACCAGCAGCUGUCAACACCCUCAUGCAGCAGGUCAGGAUACCACUAGACCAGGCUGUGGCGCUUACAAUGGACAAGGCACUCCUGCAUUCCUACAUAUGUUCAGGAAACCUCAGUGUUGAGCUCCAAGCAGCUUGUACUGGAGGGACAAUGGAUAUGCUGCUGGGGUGGAUCAGUGCCGACAAGGUGGCCCAACAGAGCCUCCUGGCCUCGAGUAAAGACACUGCUCCGUGGGAUGUGACCUUCGCCAAAGGCCUCGUCCACAGCCUGAUGGGACUGUUUGAGGCCCCCGGGGGCCACGGCUUCUCCAACAACACCAGGUCCCAGCGUAGCAGCGACACGCAGCCUCAGACCAUAGAGGAAGAGCUGUUCCUGGGUGUGUCCUCAGUAGCAGUGGAGCUUCUGAAGGGCAUUCCUGGCUGGAACUACGUUCAGAUGGCCCUCACCACCGGCCAUGCCUCCAUGCAGCUGGCUACGACAGGCUUGGAUACUGUAGUGGAGAUGAUGGGGAAGGUGUCGACGGACGCCCAUACCUACCAGGAUACCUUCCUCUCCCUGAUGUCCAACCAGGCUGCUGCUGACAACUUUGCUGGACAGGUCAUGGACUCAAUAGUGAAGACAAUCAUGAAGGUCCUAAUAUCUCAGGGACCAGUAAGGUGUGAAGAUUUGCUGGGCCAGUGGUCCUGGCUCUCCUCUCUGAGCUCCAUGGACCCCAGCCUGUGGAACGCCCUCUUCUGCCCAGGGAACAACUCUCGUCUCCCAGAUGCUCUGCUGGCUGAGUGGAUGCCUGUGGUUGACAAGGCGACUCAGCUUAUGAACAUAGUACAGGGCACUACCAACGCCAAUGUCACCCUUCCCAUGAUCCUCACUGAGUGGCAUGCACUGGCUGGCUCCUUUGUCAGCGGUGAAGUGGCCUUGAGGAACUUCAGUAAUCUGUUGGAUGCUGCCUACCUGGUGGGCUGGGUCCCUGAGAACAUCACUGCAGUGGACUGGACACAGAUUCUCAUGACAAGGGGUUUGGGGGCAUUCGUCACUGUGGGCUCUCACCUUCAGAACAGCUCAAUGUGGCCGUCUAUGGAGUCAUACUUCCACAUCGCCUACUGGAUAAUGAACUACCAGCCCAACGUCACCGCUUCACCAAAUUGUACUGUUGAUUCUACCACAUACGCCUAUAUCUGCAAUACUGGGUUUACCUGGCAGCAGUUUAUCCCAACCACCGCUGCUCUGGUGCAGGAGUUUUCUGCUAAUCCUGCUGUAAUACUUCGGCAUGUCCAGGGCUCCUUGUCUUUCCUCCAGGCUGUCUAUGGAAACAUCGCCACGGGCCUGGUCACCCAGCUCCUCAGCGCCGACCUAGUCCUAGGGGACGGCUCCAUCCCAGCCCUCCUGGAGAACCUGAUCACCAUCCUGAACAAGGACAUCACGCUGGUCUCCAACCUCAUGUCCCUGGAGCAGUUUAGCACCAACUCCGAGCUGCCCCUCUCUCUCCUGGGGGAGAUGUUAGAGGCCCUGGGCCUGAAGCCUCUGGAAGCCCUGUGGAUCCAGGGAGGUAGAUCCCAGGCCCCCAACACCUCAUCUGUGAUGGCCAUUGCCCUGAAGGUGGCCAAGAACACCCGGCAUCUAGUUACCGGGCUCCCUGUCGAGAACGCCAACAUGCCAGACCUGACCGGGGUGGAGUCUCUGCUGAUGCAGUGGCUCUCAGUAGCUCAGGGAAACCUGACCCUGCCUCUGUCUCUCAGUAUGGGAGAUGCUCUGAUCACCUACUCUGGCUCUUUCAACUCUACCUCCCUGGCCUUCCUCAGACAGCUGCUCAAUCCUCUCACCAACCAGAGCUCAGCGGGCAUAGCAGACAACAUCCUGUGGGCCAUGGAGCGGCUGAAGACUGUGCUGGAUGCUCCUAACGGUGACUCAACACCCAUUCUCCUGGGGUAUGUGAUCCAACUACAGGAGUUGCUGGUCUCGACUCUACAGCUACGCAGAUAUGAGCAGCUCUUGCUUCCAGAUGGGAACCUCACCACAGCUCAGGUGACAGACCUCCAUUUGGCUGUGGUGGACCUCUUCCAGCUCCUGUACGUCCAGCAGCUCAGCCAGGCUGGGGAUCAGGCUGCCCUACAGACCCUACUACAGAGACUCUCAACCCUACUACCUCUACAGCUCCAACAGCAGUACCUUGGGAUGGUCAGCCACUUCCAGGCUGUGAUGGAGAGCUUGGUGUCUUGUACAGCGGCAGGUCAGGACUGCACGGCUACGGUCCCACAGGUGCUCCAGAUCCUGGCAGCUAGUGGGGACCACAUGUUCAGUGGGGGCCAAGCUAAACCCAGCAUGCCAAGCCAGGAGUCCAUGAAAGUGACUGUCAACCUGCUUACUCUCCUCUUCGCCUGGCACGAUACCGACAUGUCUAACAAUAUGUCCGUCACGCCAGAGUCUGUCCUCAAGACCGUGGACCAGACUGCCUUCUUCCUCCAGCAGAUUACAUCGACUCCCAACAUCAGCGUAUCCUCUCUCCAGCAAGCUAUGCUACAAUCCAACCUUACCCUGGGGGAACUGGAGAAGAUGGCUGCCCUGGCCGGCGCAACCAACGCACCAGCUCUCCUGGCUAGCAUCAUGGGUGUCAUCAACGUGCAACAAUGCCUGGAGCCCCAGCCCAACAAUCCCAUCAGCCUGGCCCAGUGUGCACUGGAGCUGAGUGAGAGAGUCACUGGUUUUAUCCUUGCGCUGCCUAUACCUCCGGGAUGCCAGUCCAACUGCACAGCGCUAAUCUCCCUCCUUCCCAUCCUGGUCAACCACUCUGUGAGUAUCGGCCUUGCCGCCGGCUCUGGCCCAACCCCACUCAUACCAACAACUGAGGCUAUUACAGCUACCAUAGCCAGCAUCAGAGAGAAUCUACAGCAUCUCAACCUGGAGUCUGUGGAGCUGAUCAGUAACGAGCUCCAUGUCCUUGAGGGUUUAAUCAAACUGUCCGCCUCUGGACAGUCUCCAGUCUACUCACACAAUUCCACUGAUCCACUGAUGCAGGACUCGGGUAAUGUACAGAAGGUGUAUUUGGAGAUGGCACAGUGUUAUCUGAGGAAGCUAGAGAAUGUGACCAGAACCAGUACCUUCUCAGAACUCCUGGACCCUUUCUUCCAUAUGGCAGAGAUGCAGCUGGCUCUCCAACUCUCUCAGACUGAAUUUACCAUCUUUGUUAGUAAAGAGGUUGAGUAUUUGAUGAGAAGUAUCCAAUACCCUAUCAACGGGACAGACGUGAGUAAAAUCGGCCAAUCGGUCAUCAGGAUACUCAAGGGUAACCUGGACCUGUUCAAGUUAAACAUUGCUUACCAAGCGGUUAUGGGGAACAAUUGGCUAAACUACAGCUUGAUUAAUGAGGCCGAAACCCUGAUCAAUAAUGAACUCCCUGUGCUUGAGGGUUUGAUCGAACUGUCCGCCUCUGGACAUUCUCCAGUCUACUCACUCAAUUCCACUGAUCCACUUAUGCAGGAUCCAAAUUACGCACAGAAAGUGUAUUUGGAGAUAGCACAGUGGUACCUGAGGAAGCUAGAGAAUGAAACCAGCACCAGUGCCUUCUCAGAAAUCCUUGACCCUUUCUUCCGUAUCGCAGAGAUGCAGCUGGCUCUCCAACUCUCUCAGACAGAAUUCACCAUCUUUGUUAGUAAAGAGGUUGAGUAUUUGAUGAGAAGUAUCCAAUACCCCAUCAAUGGAACAGAUGUGAGUAAAAUCGGCCAAUCGGUCAUCAGGAUACUCAAUGAAAACCUGAACCUGUUAAAGUUAAACAUUGCUUACCAAGAAGUUUUACAGAACUCUUUCGGGAACUUAAACUGGCUAAACCACAGCUUGUUAAGCGAGGUCGAAACCCAGAUCAGGGAGUACCUCAACCUGACACAGGAUUGGCUGAGACAGCCCCGUGUGACCCAGGUCCUGACCAAUAUGCUGCAUUGGAACAUAAGCGGUGGGAUGAUGAACGUGACUACUCCUGGGAUGGACCUCCAGCAACUUCUCAGGACUCUUGGCUCUUUCCUCACCCCAGAGCAACAGGCCUACCUCACAGCCAUCCAACACAACAGCCAGACUCUCAACCAGGUUCUGUUGGUGGCCAGUCAGGAAGGAGGUCUGGGUAGUGACCAGUUCAUCCAGGCGAUCAUGGAUGCUGCAAGCUCUGUCCUGAGUGGCUUCACCAUGGACCUCACACCACAGAACGGCACUGCAGAGAUCCAGGGUAUUCUACAGGGUGAAGAGGUCCAGAUUAUUCUUCAGGAUGCCCUCCAGCUGGCAUUCAGACCUAACAUGAGCAACGCCCAGUCACUCAACAUCACCAUGGAGAUUGUCAGGAGGGCGGAGGGUGUGGUUAGAUUGCUGGUCCCCCAGGAGGCUGUUGGGUAUCUGUUGCCAGGGUUCAGGUUCAUUAGCACCUACCUUGAGACAGUCUCCAGACCUGGCGGGCCUGAUAAGUGGAAUGAGAUCAUUGUGAACGAGCUGAAGAUGGUCCAGGGCCUCCUGGCCCCUGACAGCAGUGCCCAGGUCUAUCUCUCUGUCAUCAUCAACAUCACUCAUGUCAUCCUGGACUCCAGCCAAAGCCAAGGCAAGUUGGAGGGGAUGAUUGGGGCCCUCCUGUCGACCCUCAGGGACACCCCGGUGUGGGACUCUGUUCACCCUGCUGUUUCUGUCAUGAGCCAAGUCAUGGGAGCCUUGGUCAACAAUAUGCAGGCUGAGACAGCAUUCAUCUUGAGUUUCCAGAAGCCACUGGCUGUCCUGAUGUCAGAGUUGGUACAAGCUGUGAAUGGCAGUGAUUUCAAUAUGGCUGACGUGUCUGAGGGAAUGAUCCCUGCCAUCGAGCUCACUGUGGAAGCUGCCAUACAGGCUGCUAAUAGGAGUAAGACCUUGGAGUGCAGGCAGGUCCUGAAAGCCUGGGAGCCAGUUAGAGAGGCGGCUGGGCUGAGUGAGGCCAGCCUGGGUUUGUGGUGUAACAUCAGCCUGCUACCAGUCAUGGAGGCCGAUGCUGCGUCCAACUAUGUCUAUGCCAAUCCAAACAUGACCGGCAUGGGGAUGGGGCAUGGGCCAGUAUCAGUGGACACUACAGCAGCUAUGAUGGUGGCAGCUCUGCGUUCGUUCUACUGGGUCCAGGUUAACCGCACCAUAGUUACUGAGCAGCUUGGUGCAAUGCUGUUCAACACAUUGUACCAGCUACAGGGACUUAAUAUGACCACCGAGGACCAGGCUCACUGGAACGCACAGUUUCUCCAACUACAACUGAGCCAGAGUACUCAGGAUCUCAGGAUGGCCUUGGAGCAGCUGGAUGCCCUGGCCAUGGACAACCCCUGGAUGAGACCCUACCUUCUGGCUGUAGAGAUGACCCUAAACUACACUCUGGAGAAUAGCCAUCUGCUCCAGCAUGUGUUCAUGGAAGCCAUGGAGAUCCUCCUGAAAGGCAUGAACUUCACCGAGGACCUGGACCUGUGGAUGCGUCCCUACCUCCAAGCCAUGGAGAUGACUAUCAACUACACCAUGGUCUACAGCCAGCUCCUCCAGAAUGCCACAUCUGCCCAGCACCUCCUGAUGGAAGCCCUGGAGAUGCUCCUCACCGGGUCUAAUCUCACCCAGGACUCCAUCCAGGCCAUACUCACAGAGAACAUCUUCUCCAGGCCAGACGGAGGGUCGAUCAACAAGCUGCUGAAAGAUAUGAUCAGGGAGCUGGUCCGUGUACAGUUUCUGGGAGACUGGCCUAUUGUCUACGGCGUCAUGGAACAGUUCCUAUCUGCCAACGCCACAAACCUCAUCCUGGAGAAGGCUAUUGAGUUCAGCGGCUGGUGGGGCUCCUCUACCGCCACCGGGUUGGAUCUGGUAACCCAGGCUCUGCCCAGGAUGUACGAGGUGGUGAAGGCCUUCUUAUCCACUUUGAGACAGAUGAGUGUCCCCUUCCCUCCCAUCUCUGAGAUGUUUGUGGAGCUAGCAGAGCACGUCAUCACCAUGCUCAGACAGGUAUCUCAGACCAGUGAUCUCUUCGCCCCGCUGGACUACUACCUGAGCCAAUUACAAGACGAGAUGACCGGGCGGAGCAGGAGUCCCUUCCCCCACCACAAUGAGGGUGUGUCCAGGAGGGUCCGCCGCGAAUUGAUGAGGGAGGAGCCAAUGAAAGAGCCAAUGGAUGACUUCCUUGAUCUGUUCUACUUGGACUACCCUGUCUUGUUCCAGGCCCUGGCAAUGCCACCCACCAUGCCAGACAUCAUGGAGACUGCCCAUAUGUUCUUCGGCAACCCUGACUUGUCUGUAGUGCUCAAAGGGGUCUCUAGGGACAUGGGCAUGGUACCACCAUCACUACCACCCAUGGGGAACGUCUCCAGGUCCAUGUCCAGGGCCGGAGCCGUGACAUGGGGCCCCUCAGUCCCCCCUCCUCUGGACGACCCCAUCGACGUGGCCCUGGGCAUCCUCUCCUACCUCACCCUCCCCAAACAGUGGCAGGCAUACAGCCAGCUAUUCGUGGAGAUAGCACAUGAAGACUGGAUCAUGGAGGACUUGGCCAAGAUACAGAAGUUGUCAGCAGGCCUGGGCAAGAUGGCGGACAUGGCCAUGGUGCUGUCCCAGCAUCCCCCACUACAGGUCGCCCAGAGGGUGGAGCAUAUGGUUAGGCAGCUGAGUGCUGAGGUGGCAAGGAUCAUCUACAGUGGCCCCAACAAUGGAUCCAACAUGGCCGUUCAGUUUCUCACCGCCUUCAACGACAUCCUGGCGGAUAACCUUGAAGAGGUCUCUGAUAUUACAUCUCAGAUCAAUGCUAUUAUUCAGAACAUCCUCAGCUCUCUGUCCAGACCAGAAGCUUACAUGAGUCUGGCUCCGUACAUGAUGGCUCUAGACCAGACCAUUGCUGUGUUCACCUCUUACCUACCCACAGACAGCCUGAUGUACCUCAACACCUCUGGCCAGAUGGUGAAAGGCUUUGCACGGCUGGUUUCACACCCACGGGACAUGAAUAAGAUGAUGAAGGCUACAAGCAUGCUCUCUGCCUCACUGGAUCAUCUCCUGGCCUCUGAUAGGGAGACAACCCUUCCGGACAGGAAGCCGAUCCAGUCCAUCACUCACCCUCUCUUCCUGAACAGUGCCUUAGCCACUCAUACCCUGUUCAACCUCUCCGCUGAAAGUCACAACUUCAGCAGCCCUCACGAGAAAGAGGCAAUGAUCAAUCAGACUUUCCUUGCCCUGGUGGCCUUUCUGCCUGAGGACCAGAGAAUAUACGUUCUCCCUCUGGAGCCGGUCCUUCUCGCUGCCCUCUCUGGGGUCUCCAACACGGCCCAGAUCCCUCCAUCCUUCCUGGGGAUCUCCAAGCAGGUCACCAUGUCUAUCCUUACCAUGCUCAACCUAACCAACACCCCAACAGGGUACCAGGGGGACAGUGCUGGUGCCACGGUCCAGGUCCUGUUUAGAGUGUCACAACAGGUGUCCACCAGCCUGUGGCAAGGUUUAUCAAUGCCCCAAUCAGCCGUCCACGUACCCUCCAUGUUGGCAUCCCUCAACCGGGCCGCCAUGGCUGUGGCACCCCUGAUGCCUGAUGGCAGUGAACACUACUUCAACGUCUCCCUCCAUAUCUUGCACAUCACCACCAUGGCUAUCAACUACACCGCCACCACUGGGGACAUAGCCGGCGCUAUGGCUGUCAUCUCUAGCUCGGUUCAGAGUCUCCUGGUCUCUCUGUCUUCAUACCCCAGCCUGCAGACAACAGGCAGUAUCAUAGGCGACCUGGAACAUGCCAUCCAGAAGAUGUUGCAGGUGUUACGGUCAGGCCGAGGCCCCCUGGCCCAGACUGCUGAUAUCACCCAGCUGCUUCUCCAUAACGUUCAGGGUCUCCUGGGCCUGGCAAACACUAGCAUGGAGGCCAGCGUGGCUCGUCUGGUACUGGCUGCAGCCAAGAUGAACACUGGACAUCUGCUAAUGAUGAACGAGACCAACUGGACAGACAAGUUGACGAUGGUUCUGACAGACAUAUCUAACAGGGUUCCCGAGGACCUUCCCUAUGCUCCCCUUAUUAAGAAUAUCACAAUGGGCCUGGCCACUGAAUCACAAGUGAACCUACACCUCCUACUCCAGACCAUCCAGUUAGGGUCUGAACUCUUCAGCAGCAGCUGGUCAGGUGGAAACUUCAGCAACAGACUGGUCUCCCUGACCUCUACGGUGUGUGCGCUGGAGGAUAUGGACUCCAUCCAACAGGUGAUGCAGGCUCUGUCUCUUGGCCCAGGGUUCCUGUGUGAGACUGCCAUGCCCAUUCUCCAGGCCUUCCACAUAAUGACCCGGAGUCUGGUCCAGGACAGCUCUGACCUGUUUGAAGCUCUGUUCGAAACCUUCAUAGGAGACCCCAACACCUACAAUGUCAACAUAAACUGGACCUCUGCACUCACCCAGACGCUUGGCCUGAACAUCAGCAGCCUGAAAAUCCUCAACAUCAACAUGACCUCUCCAGGUGUGGUGAAAAUGUCGGAGCUCUUGAGGAACAAGACAGCAUUUGCUCUGGAGGUCCAGCGUUACACUGACAUCCCACCUGAGAUCCUCCACCUGCUGAUGGAGACCACCAUGCCUAACAGCAACUUCCAGAUCCUAGCGUGGCUGGCUAACAUGCACCACUGCAGGGACCCAACCAGCCUGCAGAUGAAUAGCACAGAGCAGCUCAUCUUCCAGGUCUUCUGCAACCUGCCUAUAAACCAGUGGUACAACUUUGUAGUCAUCGUGGCUCGCUACGUCCACAUGGAGAACGUGAUAUACAGGCUGAUGCUGUCCAGUGAGAUGCAGAGCAUAGUGGGGUUCAUGCUGCAGAUGGUCAAGUUCCUGACGGACAUGAUGGGCAAGCUGCUUCCUGCCAUCGCCCACCUGCAGGACUACAUGUUCUCCAUACGAGACCUCAACCUGGUCUCUGACCCAGAGUUCCGCAGUAUGGUGCAUGGUAAAACCAGAACAAUGUCCAGCAGAGCUACAUUCACCACUGUGUCCAGAGCCAUGUGUAACCAUGGCAUCAUGUCCCUGUUUGGCAUCUCCAAGCUGCCCAUCAUGACUGAGACAGACCCCUCCACACAGCAGGAGCACAGGAUGGAGGAGCUGGUCAACAAGUUCAAGAUCCCUCGCAAUGCCACUCCGUUCUGUAUGAACUUCUACCUAGACAUGGUGAACACCACUGGAGGAGCCAUAGCCUGGGCCUUCCUCAAGCCCAUGCUGCUGGGACAGGUCCUGUACAGCCCAGACACACCACUCACUAGGACCAUCAUAGAAAAGUCCAAUGCCACAUUGCAGCAGUUUGCCAACCUGAAGAUGUACUCCCAGGAUUGGCUCCAGUCCUCUUCCUACAUUAUGGACUCAGUCAAGAUACUGAAUCAAACCCUGCCAAUGCUCCAGAAUUCCCUUGGCAAUUCUUUUGUUCAGAAUUUCAUUGAGAUGCAGACAGACAUUGAUGUGAGCAAGAUGAAGGAUACUCUCAAGAACUUCUCUAACACAACGACCCUCCUGGAGAAAAACAAGGACAUUGUGACCCAGAUCACCACUCUGUCCAACCUGAUGAUGAACCUGUCUUCCUGUAUUAAUUUUGACCGUUUCCACGGCAUCAACUCUACUGACAACCUCAACACCAUGGCCGAACACCUCACCCAGACCAGAGACCUCUACGCCAGUAUCAUCUUCAAGCUGCCCAAGGAUGAUGACGACUCACACAGGAAGCGGCGAGACGCCUCACGCUCCUCCUCUUCUGCGCUGCCUCCCAAGGUGGACUACACCAUCCGCAUGUCCAUCGAGAACUCCAUGCGGACCGACCGCUCCCGCAACCCUUUCUGGGUGAAGGACCCCUACAUCUCCUCAUUGAAGACCCAGCGCUACAACCGAGGCUUUGUAUACCUGCAGGAGAGCAUCGACAGGGCCAUCAUAGAGACCCAGACAGGACAGCAGGUCACUGAGCCAGCCGUCCAGCUACAGGCCUUCCCUUACCCCUGCUUCCUCAAGGACGAGUACCUGAACAGCAUCGCAUUUGCAUUCCCUCUGGUCUUGAUGAUUGCCUGGGUUCUGUUCAUCGCCAACUUUGUGAAGAAGCUGGUUCAUGAGAGAGAGCUCAGACUUCAUGAGUACAUGAAGAUGAUGGGGGUCAAUCCCAUCAGUCACUUCUUCGCCUGGUUCAUAGAGAGUGCAUGCUUCCUUAUCAUUACCAUAAUCAUCCUCACCAUCAUCCUGAAGGCUGGGCGCGUCCUGCCCCACAGUGACGGCUUCCUGCUCUUCCUCUACCUCAGUGACUACGGACUCAGCAUCCUGGCCAUCAGUUUCCUGGUGAGCUCAUUCUUUGACAAGACCAACAUCGCUGGGUUGAGCGGCGCCCUCAUCUACGUCAUCAGCUUCUUCCCAUUCAUCGUAGUGAUGUCACUAGAGAGCUCGCUAUCGUUCUCCACCAAGAGCGCCCUGAGUUUGUUAGCCCCCACCUGUUUCAGCUACGCCAGUCAAUACAUCUCUCGCUAUGAGAGCCAGGGAGAAGGGAUCCAGUGGAGCAACCAAUAUAUCUCACCCAUGGCCGGUGACACGUCAUCUUUCGGCUGGCUAUGUUGGCUUCUCCUCAUCGACUCAGUUUGCUACUUCAUCAUUGGAGCCUACAUUCGCAUAGUCUUCCCGGGAAAGUAUGGCAUUGCUAAACCCUGGUACUUCCCUGUGAUGCCCUCAUUCUGGACUGGUCUCUUCUGCUGCUGCAGCAAGGGCCCUGAGAAUGUCAACAGGGGACUGCUCUUCUCCAACAUCAUGAAGAAUAACGUCUCUCCUUCCUAAAGCAUUGAGGGUGGCUUCCCCUUUCAUAUGAAAGAGGAGAUCACAGGUCUUCCUGUGGGCGUGGCUCUCCAUGGACUGACUAAGACCUAUGGGAACAGAGCAGCCAUAGAGAACCUCAAUGUCAAAUUCUACGAGGGACAAGUCACUGCACUGCUGGGACACAACGGAGCUGGCAAGACCACUACCAUGUCUCUGCUCACCGGUUUGUUCGCCCCCUCCUCUGGUACCAUUGAGGUGUAUGGGAAGGACAUGGAGACUAACAUUGAUGACGUUCGCCAGGAGCUGGGUGUGUGCAUGCAGUAUGAUGUCCACUUUGACCACCUGACCACCAAGGAGCAUCUGCUACUGUACGGACAGAUCAAGGCACCACACUGGUCACAGAAUGACCUGAAGGCGCAAGUCCGCAAAAUCCUGGAGGAGACUGGCAUGUAUGCCCACCGACACAAGAGAGUGGGGACACUGUCUGGAGGAAUGAAGAGGAAACUGUCCAUCUCCAUCGCCUUUAUCGGGGGCUCUCGUCUCGUGGUCCUGGAUGAGCCCACCACCGGGGUCGACCCCUGCUCCCGACGUGCCAUCUGGGACAUCGUCAUCAAGCACAAGAAGGACCGUACCAUCAUCCUGUCUACCCACCACCUGGACGAAGCAGAGGUGUUGAGCGACCGUAUAGCCUUCCUGGAGAGAGGAGGCCUCAAGUGCUGCGGCUCCCCCUUCUACCUCAAAGAUAAGCUGGCCCAGGGAUACAACCUCACACUCACCAAGAAGGUCCAGGCCCCAGACUCCCAGGCCAGGUUUGACGGUGUCGAGGUCAAGACAUUCAUCCAGUCCUACAUGCCAGAUGCUCGUCUGAAGGAGGCUGAGAUGGGAGACCUGGUCUACUCCCUUCCCCCGUUCAGCUCCUCCAAUGCUGAGGCCUACCGCUCCCUGCUCUCCAGCCUGGACUCUAACCUGGACCUUCUACAGCUGGGCUGCUACGGCAUCUCUGACACUACCUUGGAGGAGGUGUUCCUCCAGCUGACCCAAGAUGAUACAGAGCCUGCAGAAGAUAAGCCAUAUUCUGUGUCUGAAUCCAUGCCAGACCUGUCUGCCUCCAGAGACAGCUUACCAGAGGACCUCCAGAACAACUCCAUCUUCGGAGACAAAGCCAGUCUGACGGGCUCGUCUACGGUGCACGGCCUGGCCCUGACCUGGCAGCAGGUGACUGCUAUGUUGAUGAAGAGGGUUCACCACUCCAGACGGGACUGGAAGGGUCUCUUCUCCCAGGUGGUUCUACCUGUCGUGUUCAUCAUCCUGGCCAUGGGUCUGGGCUCCAUCAAGAGUGACCUGCAACACUUCCCAGAGAUGGAACUGUCACCUGCCCUCUACCAGCUCGGACCACAGUACUCCUUCUUCAGCAACCAGAAUCCAAACUCCAGCAACCUGGUCAACUCUAUGAUGUCAUUCCCUGGGAUGGAUAAUGGGUGUCUGAACAGCCCUGAUAAACCGUUCUGCACCAGAAGCACCAAGUCUGCCAGCUGGGAAACUAAAGGAGACAGUUCAGUGCCGUUUGAGUCCUGCAAAUGCAACAAAUAUCAACAGGUGUGUCAGUAUAACCAAUACCAGCCUCCCCAUAAGAUGAACCCCUCCUCCCAGAUCGUCUAUAACCUGACUGGCAUCAACGUUGAAAACUAUCUCCUGGCUACAGCCAACAACUACAUCAGGAACAGGUAUGGCGGCUUUGAUUUCGGGGGGGCACUCCCAACUAGUCUCCUGAUGGAUCUCUUGGAGGUGCCCGCAAACCGAACCCUCUCCAAGGUCUGGUACAACCCUGAGGGUCACCAUACCAUGCCUGCGUACCUAAACAGCCUCAACAACUUCAUCCUACGUACCAGCCUUCCAGCCGGCAAGGACCCACAGAAUUAUGCCAUCUCUGUGUCCAGUCAUCCCUAUCCUGGUGAAGUACAAGAAGAAGAUGCCAUAGUGCAAGGUCUGGUCCAUAUCCUGGUGGCUGUGUGUGCCCUGACUGGCUACUCCAUUAUGACGGCUAGCUUCGCGAUCUACGAGGUCCAGGAGCACCACAGCGGCUCCAAGACACUGCAGCACAUCUCUGGGAUUGGAGAACCCUUCUACUGGACUAUCAACUUCUUCUAUGACAUGGCCUUAUACAUGGUCCCAGUCGCUCUCUCAAUUGCCACGAUAGCAGCCUUUCAGCUCCCAGCCUUUACUGACAGGCAGAACCUCGCUGCUGUGAGUCUGCUGCUGGUCAUGUUUGGGUUUGCCACAUUCCCGUGGAUGUACCUGCUGUCAGGGGUCUUUAAGGAUGCAGAGAUGGCCUUCAUCAGCUACGUGUGCAUCAACCUCUUCAUCAGCACCAACACCAUCAUCUCCACCUCCAUCGUCUUCUUCCUGGGACAACUCAAUGAGAACAAUGAAAGGAUACACGAGGUGUACAGCAUCCUGUCCUAUGUGUUCCUGAUCUUCCCCCAGUUUAGUUUUGGGAACGGCCUGAUGGAGCUGGCCAGGGUUGAGAUGCAGGUCCAGAUCCUCAGUGUGUAUGGAGUGGACGCCUAUAAGAACCCCUUCGCCAUGGACAUGCUGGGCUGGAUGUUCGUCUCCCUCUUCCUCCAAGGCUUCAUUGGCUUCACCCUGCGUCUGCUGCUCAACAAGUGGCUCAUACGUAAAGUCAGGAACCUGAUCUUCCCCAAGAAGGCAGUGCCUCAGACAGGUAGCCAGGACGAGGAUGAGGAUGUUGUGGCAGAGUGCCAACGUGUGACCAGCGGAGCGGCUGUUACUGACCUGCUGCAGGUCAACCAGCUGACCAAGGUCUACCAUCACCUGGCCAAGAAGGUCCAGGCCGUCAAGAGGCUGUCUGUGGGCAUUCCUGCUGGGGAGUGCUUUGGUCUACUGGGGGUGAACGGUGCAGGGAAGACCACCACUUUUAAGAUGCUGACUGGAGACAUCAGCCCUACUGAAGGGACAGCACAGAUCAAGGACUGGGAUGGGAGGAUGGUUGACAUCAUUGACUGCCGUAACGAGGGCAUCAACAUUGGCUACUGUCCCCAAGUGGACGCUUUGGAUGACCUGCUGACAGGGGAGGAGCACAUGUACUUCUAUGCCCGCAUCCGAGGCAUCUCCAAGAGAGAGAUAGACCGGGUGGUCAAUUACCUACUGAAGAAGCUGGAGCUGGGGUACCAUAGACACACCAUCAGUGACAGUUACAGCUGUGGAACCCGUAGGAAGCUCUCCACUGCCCUGGCACUCAUAGGACACCCGAAUAUACUGCUGCUGGACGAGCCUACCUCAGGUAUGGACCCUCGCUCCAAACGUCACCUGUGGAAGAUCAUCUCAGAGGAAAUCAAGGGGAAGUGUGCUGUAGUUCUCACCUCUCACAGUAUGGAGGAGUGCGAGGCUCUUUGCACCCGUCUGGCCAUCAUGGUGAAGGGUCAGUUCAGGUGUCUGGGCUCCCUGCAGCACAUCAAGAACAGGUUUGGCAGCGGCUUCACGGUGAAGAUGUACCUGGCUGUGUCUUCCUGUGACGUAGAGGUCAUCACCAAUUUCAUGCAGUGCCACUUCCCCAGCACGUACCUCAAGGACCAGCACUCUUCCAUGGUGGAGUAUCAUGUGCCUGUGGCACCUGGAGGUGUGGCGGACAUCUUUGACCAGCUGGAGUCUAACAAGGCCGCUCUGCAGAUCAAGCACUUCUCUGUCAGCCAGACUACCCUGGAUGAGGUCUUCAUCAACUUUGCAAUGGGGAAGGUUGGCAUCGAGACGAUCCCAAUCCACAGCGACGAAUAUUCCGAAGCAGACAGCAUCAGCCUCGACUCCAUCGCGGCUUCAGAUACAUAG